AUAAAAUUCUCGAGAAGGUUCACGAAUUCACGAAAAUUGCGGGUAAAAUUGGUUAUUGUUGUUUUGCUAUAAUUUGUAAUGAUUUUUAUUUGUCGUGAAAAAUGAACGACAUACAAAAUAUUAUCGAUCGUCAGCUCGGAAUAUAUUCCCGUUUCAACUACGACAAUGUCUUGAAGAGGCUUGUGGUACACAGCGAGGAGUCAUUCUACGGGUUGGGGGGCGAUCCGCUGCCGGGUAUCUUUGAUCUGGACCCGCCGAUAUUCGCUUGUCGAUUUUCCGAAGCCCCCGGCUAUGAACAUAUCCUUGCUCUCGCUAAUGAGGAUGGCCGAGUGGUUAUUCAGGACACGUCCACAGUAAGCAGUGCAGGCUCACUGGGAGAGUACCAGUGCCAUAUGAAUGCAGUGUUUGACCUGGCCUGGAUGCCACACCACAUGAACUUUGUCACUGCCUCAGGUGAUCACACAGCUUACCUCUGGGACGUGUCGGGGUCAUCGCCGAAACAAGUCCUCAGAUUCGCUCACCACACUAGAUCCGUCAAAACUGCAGCAUUCCGCCCCGCGGAGCCGUCCGUGUUUGCGACAGGUGCUAGAGACGGCCACAUAUUGCUUUGGGACAUAAGAACUAGCGGCCCAUCGGCCGUCUUCCUCAAACCUGACAACGGUUUAAUGAACUGUCACGCCAGUUUCACUCCCAAGACGCCGGGCUCGCACGGCAAGAGACCACGCCUCGACAACCAAAGAGCUAUCAGCAUCACGGGACUCGUGUUCCAAAACGAUGUAACCCUGAUCUCUUGCGGCGACGGCGACGGCAACAUCAAAGUCUGGGAUUUGAGAAAGAACUACAACAUUUACAAGAAAGAACCUCUCCCCAAACAUUCCAUCCCAUACUGCGGCAGUUCCACUAAAAACGGCUACACGAAUUUAAUAAUAGACGACGCGAGGGUUCGCCUGUACGCCAGCUGCAUGGACAACGUCAUAUACUGCUUCAACAUCUCCACCUACAACUGCCUGCCGGAACAGCGCUACAUCGGCCACGAGAACAAUACCUUCUACAUAAAAACCAGUUUAAGCCCCGAUAGUAUGUAUUUAGUUAGUGGAAGCAGUGAUAAAAACGCAUAUAUAUGGAAUGUCAAAUACUCCCACCCGGUAGUAAAGUUAACGGGACAUCGGGCGGAGGUCACUUGUGCCGCGUGGUGCCAGAAAGGGGACAUGAAGAUAGUGACUUGUAGCGACGACGCCAAACACAAAAUAUGGAGAAUAGGCAGGGAGUUCCCUGAAAUAGAUGUGGAGUUGCAGGGGAGAGCGGAAACUGUGCCGCGCGCGGAGCUCACCAGCCUCCCGCAGUGGGGCGGACUGGACAAGACGCCCAAGUCGCUAAAACGCAACAUAUCAACCCCCAGUUCGUACAGCGCCAAACGCGCUCGCUCUAAAGAGAGCAGCACGAGGAAAACUAAACGGUGCCUCGCAGACCUGAUGGCCGCGUCGAAAGACGCCGACGAAGUACCCGCUACCUUGACUAAACGAUUCAAACUAGACCUGCCUUGCAUUCCUGAAGAGCCCCUUUUGCCGGCUGGCAUAAAACGACAGAGACAUUCCACAGAAAUUUCUCCAGAUUGCUCCACACCUUGCAAAACGAAACGUUUAGACCCAGACUCCAGUCCCAAAACCCCAGAAUGGACAUAUUACACCCCCAAAGCGGGAACAUCGUUCAUGUCGCCGACAAAAAGUUACGAAAAGAAAACAUGCAAAAUUCUCUCCGCCAAAAGUCCAAAAGCCAUAUCCUCGAGUACGAUACCCCACCGGACUCCCGUCAAAGUGUCCCCGACUAAAGUAAGACUCGUAAGUUUUACUACGCCGACUAAAAAUUUACCCAACUUCGUUUUGGACGGCGAAGCGCCACAUUUGAGACUGAUGUCGCCCGUAAAGAUAAAACAGGAAACUACAGAUUGGUUAACAUUAAUGGUUCGCGAGAAAAAAGGAAAACCUGUUGAAACCGUUGAAAAAGUUAUUCAAGUUGCACCACUCAGUCCUAAAGAAAAUAUGCCCACCAGAAGAAAUUCGCUCGCAGAGAAAACUCCGAAGUCUGUUAAGAAAUCUUUGACUUUACUGAAAUACUUUAGUGUUGUUGAAAAGAAAAAUGGCGUAAUUUAACUCUGAAAUUGUACUGUUUUUUUAGAUAGGUAAGUGAAAUCUUUUUUAUUUUAUGGCCAUAAAGCCAUAUUAGUUUUUGAUCCAGUAAGCGAUCGCGAUUAUUAUUAUAAUGAAAUCAUUAAUGUUUUAUCUAUACUGACCUAGACUAAGAUCUGGAGUUCGAUUUCUAAUAUAGAAAUCAAAUUAACUCUUUUGGCCCUCAAUUAUUAUUUUUAUAAGUUUUGCGUGUUGUGUUCCUAUUCCACGAUCUCUUAGUAAAUCGAUGAGAGGGCCGCAAAGCGCAGUUUUGUUAUGAAACCCUUAAUUUUCUGCUGUUUUCUAAAUUGUCAACAAAUACCUGACUGUACAAACCUUUAAUUUUUAUUUCUGUUUCGUAUUUUAGACAGUAAUAAGCUGAUGAUAAUUAAUU